UGGGGUGGGAAGAGCAGCCCCUUCCCUGCCACCAGGGAUGGUUUUGGGGUGGGAAGAGCAGCCCCUUCCCUGCCACCAGGGAUGGUUUGGGGUGGGAAGAGCAGCCCCUUCCCUGCCACCACGGACGCUGUUGUUGACCCUGGACGGUGUGGAGAUGUGGGAGAGGCUGUGGGAGCAGCACCAAGGGGUUAACAGGUCCCCGGGGGGGAGCCUGGAGGGACUCACACCCUCUGCCCAAUCCCGGGAAUCCCUCUGUGCUAAUUGAGCACUAAACAGAUCAAAGGCUCCAAUCAGGGAAUCAACACCCCCCUGGCCUCAUCUCCGGGUCCCCAGCCCGGGCUGCCCUUUGUCUGGAGAAGGAGAGCGGGGCAAUGUGGCUUCUCCCCAGCCUGGCCUGGGCUCUCCUGAGCCCCGUCCUGGGGUCGGAGCUGAGCGUGCAGGAGAGUUUGCUGUUGAAAUCCUUGGGGCUGAGCACCAAGCCCAGCCCGAAAACCCCCACCCCGGUGCCUCCCCUGCUCUGGAGGAUCUUCCAGAAGAGAAAGACGCCUCCCCCGACGGACAAAGACCCCCUGGAUGCCUGUAGGGUGGAGGAAUUUAAUGUCCCCGGGAACAUCAUCCGAGUCCUCGCUGACCAAGGCCCCUUCGUGCCCGAGGAGCAGCCCCAGGGGUGGCUGUGCCUGCGGAAGCGCCUGUUCUUCAACCUCUCCGUGCUGGAGGAGGGCGAGCGCUUGACCAUGGCCCAGCUGGAGAUCAAAUUCCACCACAAUUCCUACCACCCCUCCCGCCAGGGGCAGGUCUUUGAGCUGAGGCUCUUCCAGCCCCCCGAGGUGUCCCCCCCGGGGGUCCCCGAGCCCGGGCAGAGCCCGCUGGUGGAACAGUCCUUUGCUCAGCUGCACAAGUCCCUCCUCUUCAACCUGAGCGCGGCGGCGAAGGAGCGGCGGACGCGCGGCGGGAGCUUGGGAUUGAUCCUGGAGAUCUCGGCGGGCACCAGCGGGGCUUUGGGAGCCCCGCGGGGCCUCUGCUCCGGCAUCGACUCCUUCCUGGACACCUCCCUGCUGGUGGUGACCCUGAGCCAGCAGUGCCAGGCCCCCCGGAGGAGGAGGAGGAGGAGUGCCGGGCUGCCCCCGCUCACCCCCAGCAACCUGUGCAGGGCGCGGCGGCUCCACAUCAGCUUCAGCGACGUGGGCUGGGAGAACUGGAUCAUCGCCCCCCAGGGCUACCUGGCCAACUACUGCCGGGGGGAGUGUCCCUUCCCCCUGACGGCCGAGCUCAACAGCACCAACCACGCCGUCCUGCAGACCAUGGUGCACUCGCUGGACCCCCAGGGCACCCCCCAGCCCUGCUGCGUCCCCGUCAGGCUCUCCCCCAUCUCCAUCCUCUACUACGACAACAGCGACAACGUGGUGCUGCGGCACUACGAGGACAUGGUGGUGGACGAGUGUGGCUGCAGGUAGAGGGGGAGCAGGGGGGGUGGCUGCCGGGUGGAACAAACCCCCCCCGAGUGGUUCCAUCCCCUCCGUGCCGCUGUUCGGGGAGUCUCCCGUGGCUGCGUCGGGGGUCGGAGAGCUCUGGGGUGGCAGGAAGGGAUCGUGGCUGGAGUGAGUUGUGGUUUAGGGCUGAAGUUGUGAUUUAGGGCUGAAGUGGUGUUUUUUAGGGCUGGACUUGUGGUUUAGGGCUGGACUUGUGAUUUAGGGCUGGACUUGUGAUUUAGGGCUGGACUUGUGGUUUAGGACUACCUGGGUGCUGGGCUGGGAUUAUGAUCGAGCCUGGUGCUGGUUUUCCAUUCCCUGCUCCACAGGGGGUGGCAGCACCAGGCUGUGAGUCCCAGACCCCCCCUGAGCUGCUGGUGCUUUGGGUUCCUUGGCUCGGCACCUUUCUCGGGGCAUAAACGGCUUUUGGGGGUGAAAUGGGGCUGGGGGGGUCCCCGGGCGUGGCCGUGAGGGGAGGAGGUGACUGGUGCUGAGCUCUGGGUGACCAAAUCCCACCCCCGGGGGGGAGGCAGAGCCCGGGGUGGGACACACGAGGUUUUCUCCCUGGCUGGGGGAGCUCAGCCCUGAGCUGGUUUUAUGGUGACAGGGGGGCUUGGGGGGCCGGAGGGGGUGGGUGGCCAAAUGCAACGGAGGUUUUGCCCCAAAAAAGCCCCCCGGGAGCUGCAGGAUGGACGUUGUGGCCGAGGGGGGGGCUGUGAGGGAGGGUGGGCACGGGCAGGGGGUCGGUGGCAUCUUCUCCCCUCCCAACCCGCUGUGUCAGUAUUAAUUUACCUCAUUUGCAAAUGGAUGAGCCCGGGGUGGCCUCUGUCCCUGUGUGUCCCUCUGUCCCUGCGUGUCCCUCUGUCCCUGCGUGUCCCUCUGUCCCUGCGUGUCCCUCUGUCCCCGGGUGUCCCUCUGUCCCUGUGUGUCCCUCUGUCCCUGCGUGUCCCUCUGUCCCCGGGUGUUCCUCUGUCCCUGUGUGUCCCUCUGUCCCCGCGUGUCCCUCUGUCCCCGCGUGUCCCUCUGUCCCUGUGUCCCCCCCAGGUGGCAGCCGAGCACCAGGCACGGGCAGAGCUCUCAGGCCCUUGUGCAUUUUAGGGUUAUUUGGGGUUUAUUUGUUGCUUUCUGGGUUGGCCCCAGGCCCCUGCAGUGGUAUUUAACGCCCCUAACGAGCAGCCCCGGGCAGCAGGGCCCCAAAUCUGCCCCAUCUCCUCUUGUUGACCACUUUUCUUCCACUUCCCAGCUCGUGGGCUCCGAGUUUUCCAGCAGCUCGAGGUUUAAAUCCUGGGCCUGGCUCCUGAGUAUCUGUUCAAAGCCACCCCCAGCCCUUCAGGUGGGGCUUUCCUGACACCACUUUUGGGGUUUGUUUUUUUUUUAUUUUAGAGUAAGGGGUGGGAACAGAACAGGAAUCCGAGUUAGACUUGAAUUUUUUCGCUCUUUCUUUUUUUUUUUUUGGAACUGUGAACCUGCCCCUGUGCCCUCUGUUUAUUUUCUCUGCUGUUUUUGCGUCUCCUUCGAGGUCUGAUGAAGUUUUACCACCUCCUUUCCCCUCCCCCGUGGCAAGCACUGAGGGUUUAACCACUGUGGGGGUCCCCUGUGAUGGUGUUUUUUUGCUUAACAACACCCCCUAAACUGUGUAGCUGAAGACCAAGACCAGAGCAGCUCGGGUACUUUUAGGUGUAGCUUUUACUAAUCUUUUCCCACCCAAGGUGUUUUCCUGAGGGUUCCAGGGCAAGCCCAGCCCAGCCCUGCUCCUGCUGAAACCCACCUCAACCACUGAAGAUGUUCUAAGGGCUUAGAGUGGGGCUUAACUCCGGGGAGUUAAAUCCUAGAUUUGAGAUCAAGAGUAAAAAAAAAAACAAAAAAACCCAAACCUUGAAGUAUUAAUUGUUUUGUUCCUGUGCUGGGGCCAGGAGGGGACUCCUGACCUGCUCCUCCAACACCACGAAGGGCAAAUGUCCCCCUCCAGCAGCCAGGGAGCCACUGGAGCCCCCCUGGAGUAGCUACAAGGAGUUUACGCCCAGGGUGGUGCUCAGACCUGGCCUAAACCCCCCCAGGGUGGUCCCAGGAGCAGCUCUGCUGAGCCCCCAGCCCUGUGCCACAGGGAGAAGCCAUGUCCAUGUUUACUGCAGUGCUGGACUGGGCCCCUCCAGGUCCAGCCUUUCCCAAAUCCUGGGGGCUCCCACCCUGCACCCCCCACCCCCAGGGCUCCGAGCAGGGCAGAGGGUUGGGGCAUUUCCCAGUUUUCCCAGUUGAGUUGCUCCCCCCCCUCCCCCAUGCUAUGCACCCCCCCCCCCCCCCUUUUGUACUAGUCUGUGUUUAAAAAAAGUAAUAAACUUGAAGUUUAUACAAUCAGACUAAGCUUUAAUGAACGUUGCAUGGUUUCCUCAUUGAAACUUAAGGGGCCACCUUUGAAUGCAAGAGCUGUUUAUUUUCAUAUUUUAUUGAUGACAAACAGGUUUUAAAACAAACUGAGACCAAAAAAAAAAAAAAAAAAAAGGAAGAAGAAAAAAAUCAAAAGAGAGUUUGUUUUUUUUUUUUUUUAAACACCGUGCUAGCACUGAUGUCUGGAUUUGUAAAACUCAAGAGUUAACUGCGCUACAAAGGAAAAAACCAGCACAAAGCAGAGGCCAAGCAUUCCCAGCAGUGAAAUAAAGGGGUGAGGGGAGAGGAGGGGGCUACAUUACUCAUGGGUGGCGUUGCACAGAGGGGUCCAGCUCAAACCUAUCAGAAAAGUCUACGCCAACUACGCAGCCUACGGAAGGAAAAAAAAAAAUUAAAAAGCCCUUCGGCAAAUGUUAAUAAAUAAAACAGUCCAUCCCACGAGGAAGGAAGGUGGCCUGUGUCUCCAUUCUUUCACUGUUUUGUUUUUUUAGAAGUCUAAACUCUGGAGGCUUUUGAUGAGAAAAGAAUGGGGUUGUGGGUUUGGUUUUUUUGCAGUUCUCGGGCUCCGGUCGGGACCGAAGGCAAGGGGUGAAUCUGUGUCCUGGGGUACUGGGGGGGCUGCACUGGGUGGGGGGAGACACCCUGGGGAAACUACAGCAAGAACAGGUUGUGGAAGCAGGGGCAACAACCCACGGAAAGGACAGGAAUGGAAGGGCUGCCCCCCCCCCCAGGUACAAAAAGUGGGGGUUUCACGGCGUCGAAGUACAUUCAUAUGAGAGGUAUUUUUGAGUUCUCCCCCCCCAAAAAAAAGACUAGAAACACUUGGAGCCCUUUUGAGUAUAAAGCUAACUUAUCUCCAACUUGAAAAACACCCAGGUUAGCGGAUCACUCUCUACUGUUCUUGGCCAAUUGGGAGGUAGAGGUCAGUCUGAUUCGGGGAUCUGGUAAAAAGGGGGCUCUGCAGGAAUUGUCGCUUCUCCGCUGCUUCUAGAAAGGUUUAGACAGAAAUGAAACGCUCCCAGUGUUCCCAUACGACUCGUUAAGACAUGGGUACAACUUAGAAAUUGGAUGGCUUCUCUUUAAUGUGCUGUUCUCAGCCCUGACUCAUCAGCCAGCAUGGAUGGCACGGCCGUGGCCACUACCUGAAAAAAAGCUGCUCCGGGUUUGCUCUGCCAACAACACCUGGCUCUGGCACCUCCCUGCUCUCCUCACCGAAGAAGCCACGCCAAAGCCUGACCCAUUAUCUCUAAUUAAACCCAGCUCCUCAGAGGCCACCUUCCACCAACUGCCUGCUUUGUCCAGGAGUCCCACCUGGAGCCGUGGAGUCUUUCCUUCCGCACCAAAAUAAUCCCCGGGUUCCGCUCCUUCUCCCCACAUCUGCGGCGGCCAAAGCAGGGGCUGUUUUGGUUUUGCAUCUUCCCUCCAGGGGCCGAAGGGCACAGGAACCCAAUCCCCUUAUCAAGCACGAAGUUCAUCUGACAGAAAGGCUUGUUUUUUCACAGAGUAGAGUCCAGACAGUAGCCAAUUAAAGCAGACAGAAAACACUUUGAAACCCUCCUCCUGCCCGAGCGCGCAGGCUCCUCUCACUCUAACUGCUAUCCAAUGUAGGAAGAAGAGGCUGAUUGCUGCAACUUUAAAUCACACUGAAAAAGUUCUCAAGGUUUGGUGCUCUAAUUUAAGUUUUGUUUGAAACAAUAUAUUUUUUUUGUUUUGUUUUGUUUUUGUUUUUUUUUUCUUUUUUUUUUUUAUAUAUAAGCUUCUCAGAACAAGGAUCUCCCAGGUCCACCACUAAGAAUUCAGAGACAAACUUCUUUUCUUAAAAAAAAAAAAAAAGAAAAACAAAACAAAAAAACCAAAACAACAAACAAAAAAAAAACAA